ACAAACGUUAAACGAAUAAAAGGAAAAGGACGUAUUUCAAAUGUUUUUUAAACGUUUCUAAACGUUUUUUUAUCACAAGAAACUUAUCUCUUAAUGUUUCUUCAAGUGAACAUUUUAACCGUUUUCAAGAGUCGGUUAUGAAACUUUUCGAAGAAACAUUUGUGAAACGCAUAUGUGCUAUCUGGUGAUUAUAUUGUAAAAAUGAAGAAAGUAUAUCUUGCUGCCAUAGCGGGAAAUCUGGGCAUGCUGUCAGUUGGCCAAUUUUUGGGUUGGUCGUCGCCAUCUUUGGCUAUAUUGAUGCAAGGGAAGGAUGAAAAAUAUCCUAUUCAUCUGACUCCGCAAGAAGUCGCUUGGGUUGCAUCUUUACCUGCAUUAGGUGGAAUUGGAGAUGCCAUUAUUUGUGCAGUCAUUAUAAAUAUCUUCGGUAGAAAAAAUAUCAUGUUAUUUACUCCCGUACCUUCGAUAAUCAGCUGGUUAAUGAUAGCUUUUGCAACAUCUUUGACAGAGCUGUAUAUAUCAAAGUUUACAGUCGGUUUGGCUAUAUGCAUCGCUUUCACAAUCACGCCGAUGUAUUUGGGCGAAAUUUCACCACCACACAUCCGCGGUAAUUUAACAUCCAUGUCAAUAGUCGCUUUGAACGGCAUAUUAAUGGAGUUUGUGAUAGGUCCAUUUUUAUCGGUACAAAAUCUCACUUUCGUGUCUUUGAUUGCGCCAUGUCUAUUUAUGCUUAUUUUCAUCUGGCUACCGGAGUCUCCAUACUAUUUGAUGCGUCGUAACGCCAAAGAGAAAUCCAUAAAUUCUCUCGUUCAAUUGAGAGGCAAAGAGGAUGUUUAUAAUGAAGCAUGUAAUAUCGAACAGUUCGUGAAAGCCAGUUUAGAUGAUAAAACUGAUUUUCGAGAACUUUUAUGCGUGCGAAGAAAUCGCAGAGCUUUAAUAAUACUAUUGUGCAUGGACGUGGCUCAACAAAUGAGCGGAUAUCAAGCAAUACUACAAUAUGCUCAAAUCAUCUUCGAGAUUAAUCUGGAGGGCAAAUACUUAACUAUGAUGUUGGGCAUCAUACAACUGAUAUUUACGAUCAUCUGUAUGUUCAUCACUGAUUACAGUGGUAGAAAAUCACUGCUGAUAAUCUCGUGCAUUGGUUCAGCAUGGUCAACCGCUAUGGUCGUAUUUCAGUCUGCAAUACAAUCAUAUACCAUAAAUACCAAAGACAUUACUUAGUUGCCCGCUAUAGGUGUCAUCACAUACAUAAUCAUGUUUUCCUUGGGCCUGUUCGGACCGUACACUUUGCGCAGCGAAAUAUUUCCUAUACAUGUGAAGGCACUUGGCAGCACGAUUGUUUUAAUAGCAACAAGUUUAGCGGCUUUUGUAGUGACAACAUCAUAUUUAGUCAUUGCCGAUAUUGCUGGCAUACAUGUACCGUUCUGAAUAUUUACUGCGUGCAGUUUCGCUGGUGCUUUAUUCAUAUACUUCUAUGUACCUGAAACCAAAGGCAAGACAUUCGAGCAGAUACAAAAACAAUUGCAAGGUUUAUCGGAGCAGUGAGAA